AUGUUGAGAGCCGUUUACAAGGUCAGGGGUUUCAUGUCCAUCCUUCCAAAGGCGGCGAGCCGUGACAUUGGGGCAGGCCUCCUAAAGGUCCUGCUGGAAAAGGGUGCGGGGAUCAUCAACUCGGCCCCUCUGCCUGCCGACUACCAAGGGAACACGCCGCUGGACCUGGCGGUGAAGAAGGGGUACUGGGACUCUGUGGAGCUGCUGCUGGCCAACGAGCUGUCGAGGGCUGCACCACUUCGGCUGGCGGUGAUGAAGGCAUGGAAGAACCUGGCGUCGAAGAUGCCUGCCAUGCUCGUGAAGUUCUUGGAUGCCGUUGGUAUUGAGCGGCUCACCAAAGUACAGCGGCUACCCAUGUGCUGGGGGGAUGAAAUACUUGUGGUGCUCGGAUCGCAGAUGGACUCAACGGACAUGACCAAGGAGGUAGCGUACGACAUGUUCAGCUAUAAGCAUCCGGCGAUGUGGAUCCGGCAAUUUGGUGCAUACGGGGUGGAUCCGGCGAACCUGUCCUUUUUCAGGUUCUGUGCCAAAGUGGACUGGCUUGCAGUGCUGUGGCACUUCUUCAAGGCCCUGGUGCGGUAUUUCCUACGGAUUUCCAUCGCGCCAUACGAGGUUGGUUUCUGUGCAUUGCCAUACGUGGCGCUGACGACACGAUCCGUGAACGACUCUCCAUUGGGCGCGCUGGUAGCCAACAAUGUCUAUGACGCCUUCUCAACCGACGCAAUAGCUGCGGUGAUCACAUACAAAUGGGACAUGUACGCUGGCAAGAUAUACAGGAGGCAGGCCGUGGGUUAUUGCUUCUUCAUGGCAUUGUACAUCACCACCACGACGAUCGGUUUGGAAUGGUACCCAAGCGUGGGCCGGCUGGCAGAUAUGUACGGCAGGAGAGGUUGGAGUACACGGAUGGUGCUCCGCUUUUUGCUGGAGCUCUUGCUACUGCUGGGCAGCAUCUGGUAUCUGUGGCGAGAGCUUCGCCAGAUGUACCGACAGGGAGCCUUCCAGUACGCCUUCGGCCUCAACUCUGGUUGGAACUGGGUGGAGGUGUUCUCAAGUCUCAUGGUGGUGUUGGUGCUGCUGCUGCAAGUCCUGGGUUUCGAGGAGGCCCGCUGGGUGAUGUCCGCAUGCACCAUGCUCCUGGGGAUCCGCAUGCUCCAGGGGAGAUACGGGAGGACUGUGUCACGGGACCCGGCUCCUAGGUCCACCACAAGUCCACAGGGGAAGGAGAGUAGCCCGCGUGGUGCCUCCCCCUUACCGUUACUAGACCGGAACGGCUGGUCUUCUAGAUCUCAAGAGAACCCCAAGAAGGCAAAGUUCCCGACCUCGAUCUCUGCCAUACCACCCAACCCUGCAGUACAGACUCCCAAUCACCCUCAACCUCCCAUACAACACCCGAGCCCUGCCCUGCCUAACCCGCCCACAAGCGCUCUUAAGCUGCGAUUUCGACCGCCUCCGCGCAUCACAUCACUGCUUCUGCAACCGAUAAGAUCAGGAGGUCUGGAGGGAACGGGCAUCUAUGUGCAGAUCAUAAUCCGCAUCAUCACAGACCUGGGCCCUUUCCUGCUCAUUGUGGCGAUUACGCUGGCCACGUACACAUUCGCAUUCCAGCAGUUCAUCGUAUACUACGAGCAGCAGGUGGCCAAUGAUGGUGGCGGCAGCAUUUCCGACAAGUUCACCGAGUUAUUUAAUGGCUUCCCCAACAGCUUCCUAUCGGUCUACUACUUCAUGGCGGCCGGCGGCAUCGAAAAGGACGUGGGUGGCGAGGCGAAGUACGUAUGGUACCUCCACGCAAUGCUCAUCAGCUUCUCGUUCUUCGUGUCCAUCAUCCUGCUGAACCUGCUCAUUGCGACCAUGUCCACUUCAUAUCAGGAAGUGCAGAAGCAUGCCAAGCAGGAGUGGAUGCUGCUCAAGGCAAAGCUGAUACUGGAUAUCGACUCUGUCUUGCCCGAACCUUUGUUCAAGAACCGCGACUUGUCCGCGCCCAAAUGGUUGUACGUGUUCAAGGAAGAGGACGGCAACACGCGUCAGGAGCAGCAGCACACGCCUCCGGACGCCGUCCACCGCCCCUCUACCCGAAUGCAUCUUCGUCACUAG